UCUAUAAUCAGUUGGUGGGUAUAAACACGGCACUAUGGUCGCCAUUCAUAAUCACAACAAUCCAUUCGCUCAGGGAGAAGCCAAGAAAAAGCUGCGUUACUCUUUUGAGCUUUCUUGCUGAAUUUAAGUCCUCCCGUCAUCCAUUCAAUUUCUAUCUUUUUAGUUUGAUUUUCUUCUUUCUUGUUUGUUGUCUUCUUCUUUCUGCGACUUUGCUUGAUUUUCUUUCGUUUCUCGAUAUGGAAAACCUAUUGGGGCUUCUCAGAAUUCAUGUGCACAGAGGGGUGAAUCUUGCUAUCAGAGAUGUGAUGAGCAGCGAUCCUUAUGUUGUCGUCAGGAUGGGCAAACAGAAAGUGAAGACUCGUGUGGUGAAGAAAAAUGUCAAUCCUGAGUGGAAUGAAGACUUGACUAUUUCCAUUGAUAACCCAAAUCUUCCAAUCAAGAUUGGAGUUUAUGACAAAGACACAUUCAGCCGAGAUGACAAAAUGGGAGAUGCAGAGUUUGAUAUCCGUCCAUUUCUGGAAGUUUUAAAGAUGCAUCUGGAAGGCCUCCCCAGCGGAAGCAUAAUAACAAGAAUCCCAGCAAGCAGGCAAAAUUGCCUAGCUGAAGAAAGCCAAAUUACCUGGGUUAAUGGCAAGGUGGUCCAGAACAUAUUUCUUAGACUGAGAAAUGUAGAGUGUGGCGAAGUGGAACUCCAGCUGCAGUGGAUUGAUAUUCCAGGUUCUAGAGGUGUCUAGAUUUCACUUACCCUUACCUAUACAUAUAUAUAUAUAUGUACGCUUUUUGCUUUGCUGCAAUGUGUAGAGAUUUCAAGGACGUCAUAAGUUAGCCGUAGACAAAUAUUUAUUAUCUUUAUUGCUCUGCAUAGCUUGCAAUAAUCUGAAUUUGGUAAAUGGAAACUUCCAUUUACUGAGAAUUCUCUUUUUACCUA